AUGAUGAUGUUUAGGUUGGAGUUGAUGGCAUUUAUUCUGACAAUCAGCAUUAAGGCUACGGACGCUGUCUUCUGACCAAGCCCAUGGCAACUCGCCCAUGCCACCUUUUACGGUGACGAGACUGCCUCCGAGACCAUGGGGGGAGCUUGUGGGUACGGAAACUUGUUUACCAACGGCUACGGGACAGACACAGCAGCCUUGAGCUCAAUUCUGUUCAACAAUGGAUAUGCUUGUGGUAGUUGUUAUCAGAUAAAGUGCUAUCAAUCCAAAUGGUGCUUUGGAUGGGUACCAUUCACCACAGUCACAGCUACAAACCUCUGCCCACCAAACUGGUCUCAGGACUCCAACAAUGGUGGGUGGUGCAACCCACCUUGAGUCCACUUCGACAUGUCCAAGCCUGCUUUCAUGAAGAUUGCUCAGUGGAAGGCUGGCAUUGUCCCAGUCAUGUACCGCAGGGUACCAUGCCAAAGGAGUGGGGGGCUUCGAUUCUCUUUUCAAGGAAAUGGGUAUUGGCUGUUGGUGUAUGUGAUGAACGUUGGAGGCGAGGGAGACAUUUCACAGAUCUGGGUGAAAGGAAGCAGAAUAGGGUGGACAAGAAUGAGCCAUAACUGGGGAGCUUCGUACCAAGCAUUUGCUACUCUGGGAGGCCAAUCUCUUUCUUUCAGGAUUACUUCUUACACAUCAAAGGAGACUCUCUUUGCAUGGAACGUUGCUCCCAAUAACUGGAAUGUAGGAUUGUCUUAUAAGGCCAAUGUCAACUUUCGUUGA